GGCAGCACAUGCUGCAGCAAUUAGAUUAGAUUAGAAGUAGUUUCCUCACGGAUUUAAUGGUAAUGACUACGUGUUGUGGCCGCGUUCAAGUCACAAGUCAUUAAUAAAUAACAAAGUAACGAGUUUGAUCCCACACCCACCAACCAUGCAUAACAAGAAGAGACGAAGACUCACCCUCUUCUCUAUCUCUUUCAAACCUUCUCCUAUAUAGCUUUAUAUUUUACUCCUUAUUACUAAUUAACAACAUACACAGCAACACUUGACAGCGCGCGCAUGCAUGUAUAUACAUAUAUAUAUGGAGAAAUCUAAACAAGAAGAUCAAAAUCGAUUUUCAAAGGGAAGGAGUUCAUCUUGGCCCAGCAACAAAAGCGUUUGGGACUGUGGAAGCACACUCUAUGACUCCUACGAGCUUCACUCCUUCAAGCGCCAAAUCGACUCUGCCAUAGCCAGUUCCCCAAGAACCCUUUCCAUGCCUCAUUUAACAGACCACCGUCGUCGUUUUCACCAGCCACCACCACCUUCAUCAUCAUCAUCAUCAUCAUCAUCAUCAUCCAACAAUAAGUCGUUCAAGAUCUCACGAACCUUCCAGAAGCUCCUUCGCUUUGUUUCCAAGUCCAGCAGCAGCAAUAAUAAAUUCAGGAUUUGUGGUAGUGAUGGUCACAACAAACUCGAAAUGGCAGAUCUAGAAGAGAAAUACUCGAAAGAGCGUUUGUACGUGGUUUAUGAUAGGUAUGAUCAAGCGGUUCUGUCAACUAUACCGGAACUUCCAGAGUUUGAGAUGGGUGGACUUUCGCCGGAGAUAAGUUCCUUGGUUAGAAAGUCAGCUUCCGAAAGGUUUACUACGCCCGCUCCUAUUCGUAUUUCGUGUGCUUGACUCACACAAAACCAUAUACAUCACUUACAUACUCUUCAAUUAGUUUAUUAUUAUAAUAGUGUUCUGGCUGUUAGUUGUUACUAUUAAUUAUUGUAAUCA